GGUACUUAUAAUAUCGUUGGUUUCUUUUUCUUCACUCUCUCUCUCUCUCUCUCUUUCGCUCUCGUUCUGUCUAAGCUAUUCUUCUCGCCACGCUCGAGUCUCGAGUUUUGACCCAAACCGCUACCCACACGCCUCUCUCUCUCUCAUUCACUCACUCAGUCACUUGGCCGGCCGGCCGCCUCUUCCAGCAACCUCCGGCAAUUCUUUUCCGGCCAGUCGCCGGAAUAUUCAACGAAGGGCCCCCCCAACUCUUAUUGGCUCGGCAUCCACUGGAAAAGUCACGGUUAUUUUAAUGAGCUGCUUGCUAGCAGCCUAGCUCCUGUUGCCUGAACCAUAGCACUCAUUUCAGUCAGAAGGUCAGUGUGGAGUGCACCGUUAAAGUUAUCCAUCCUGUUGGCCUCGUCCAGGCACCUAGUUGAUAAUGGUCCACUGCUUUGUGAAACAUUGACACAUGGAUCCUGAAGGCAAGAAUUUUGGAAGAGGACCAAGGGAACUGACUGGUGCUGUAGAUCUCAUAAAUCACUACAAGUUGUUACCACACCAUGAUUUUUUCUGCAAGAGAUCACUUCCUUUGUCAAUUUCAGACACGCAUUAUCUUCACCAUGUUGUGGGAGACACAGAUAUCAGAAAAGGAGAAGGGAUGCAAUUGGAUCAGCUUAUUCAGAACACAUCUUAUUCCAGAGAUACUAAUACACGGAUACAACCAUUUGAUCUCGAUAUUCUGAAAGAAGCCUUUCAAUUAAGGGAAACUGCUCCCGUUGAUUUGCCCCUUGCAGAGAAGGGGAUCCCUACCAUUGCAGGGAAAUCAAAAAGUGAGUCCAAGGACAAGAAGCAUAAAAAGCACAAAGACAGAGAUAAGGAUAAGGAUAAGGAUAAGGAUAAAGAGCAUAAGAAGCGCAAGCACCGUCAUAAGGACCGAAGUAAAGAUAAAGAUAAAGAUAAGGAUAAGGAGAAGAAGAAGGAUAGAAGUGGGCAUCAUGAUUCUAGUGCUGAUCACUCAAAGAAACACCACGAAAAGAAAAGGAAGCAUGAUGGAGAUGAAGACGUUAAUGACAUUCACCGACACAAAAAAAGUAAGCAUAAAAGCUCAAAAAUUGAUGAAAUGGGUGCGAUAAAGGUAGCCGGCUGAAGGUGGCAUAGAAUAAUUGUUCUCAAUGGUUCUUGUUAGAGAGUUUGGGGGGUCUUUGGCUUAACGAUGUCCAAUUGUUUGAGAACGGCUUGUGAACUGACUAAAGAUUGUGAAGAUAAAUUAGCCUAGUGAUCGCAUCUGAUGUAAGGUAAAAAUUGCUAAAAAUGAACUCUUUUGUAUCAUAACAGUGGUCUAAUAUUAUUGGUAGUAAUGUGCAAGACUCCUUACUUUUUUUUCUUCUCAGUUUCUGUGGCGCAUUGGAUUUCUCAGCGUGUAUACAUUAUUAUAAUCUUUCUCCUGUUUAGAGUUUUUAAGCUGACAUUAAUGAUAAGCUUAAAUUAGAGUUUCCAGCUUUUGAGUUUUAGGAAGACUAGAUUGGGAAGGGGAUUGUGUACAUAUUCCCUCAUCUGUUGUAGCAAUGACUAGCAUGUUUGAUUAUCCAAAUUGAUUGUAAGGGCUAGGGCUAUGUCCUCACAUUAAUCCUCAAUUCAUUUAAUUAAUGUAUUCUUUGUAUAUACAGUAAACUUAAUGACUGGGUCAUCGAGGGAAUCAUUAUUGCUGUUGGUUGA